AUGGUCAGGUCAACACAAAUUGCAAGGCUUGAUGGGCUUAUGCUUGCUGCAUCGGUCGAUGACGAGCAGGCUGAAUCAGAACUUGCCGAGAUCAAAGGCCAGGCUAAGAUGAUCUUCCGAAGACUGAAUCGCAACUCUGCGCCACAAGCCAGCAUUGAGUCUGGUCAAUACAAUCUACACUAUCUGAUUCAGGAUGACAUUUGCUUCCUGUGCAUUGCCGACAAGUCUUAUCCCCGCAAGCUUGCCUUCACCUAUCUCGCUGAUCUGGCCUCUGAAUUCACAACUACCUACCAACCCUCACAAUACCUCUCGCCCACCCUUCGACCAUACGCUUUUGUUGAAUUUGAUACCUUUAUUCAGCGUACAAAGAAGCUGUACCAAGAUAGCCGGGCAUCACAAAAUCUUGACAAGCUGAAUGACGAGCUACGUGAUGUUACCAAAGUUAUGACCAAGAAUAUUGAGGAUCUGUUGUAUCGUGGUGAUAGCUUGGAGCGCAUGGGCGAACUGUCUGGGCGACUGCGCGAGGACAGCAAGAAAUACCGAAAGGCGGCAGUGCGCAUCAAUUGGGAGCUCUUGCUGAAGCAGUACGGACCUUUUGCUGGUAUCGGGCUGAUCAUCUUCAUAUUCUUAUUCUGGCGAUUCCUUUGA